AUGAUCCAUCCCGGCCUGCAGGGGGAUCACAGCACAUCUCUCCCUCUGUCUCCUCACAGGGGCGGACAUGGCUGACGGAGUUCGUGAGGAGAGAUACGGGUAAUUUUGCAUAUUUGAGCGCUUGGCAGAUUUGAGAUAUGCUUCUGAUGGAUAUGAAGUCGACGGCGAUCUUCAGCGUAAUUUACAGGUUGAAUUGUUGGGGAUGGGAGAGGCUUUGAUGCUGGCAGCACCAUCACUGUGAAAUAAACUACAAACUCAUUAACAGAAGUCUGCAGAUAUACCAAAGUACCAAAAUGUCCAAAAGUAAGAGCUCCGAAUCCGUUAAGGUGGUGGUGCGUUGUCGCCCCAUGAAUGAGAAAGAGCGAGUCGCCAACUUCGAUAGGGUGGUCUCUGUGGAUGUGAAGUUUGGACAAGUGGCCGUGCGCAACCCCCGAGCUACGUCCUCCCAUGAGCACCCCAAAGUGUUCACCUUCGAUUCUGUUUAUGACUGGAAUUCAAAGCAGAUGGAGCUCUACGAUGAGACUUUCCGCCCAUUGGUAGACUCUGUACUGUUCGGCUUCAACGGGACCAUCUUUGCAUACGGUCAGACGGGCACUGGAAAGACUUACACGAUGGAAGGGGUACGAAACGACCCCGACAGAAGGGGUGUCAUUCCGAAUUCCUUUGAACACAUUUUCACGCACAUCUCCCGCUCUCAGAACCAGCAGUACUUGGUCAGGGCUUCAUACUUGGAGAUUUAUCAAGAAGAAAUCAGGGACCUCUUAUCGAAGGACCAGAUGCGGCGAUUGGAGCUCAAAGAGAGGCCUGAUACGGGCGUCUAUGUUAAAGACCUCUCUUCGUUCGUCACUAAAAGUGUUCGUGAGAUUGAGCAUGUGAUGAACGUGGGGAACCAGAACCGCUCGGUUGGUGCAACUAACAUGAACGAGCACAGCUCUCGCUCUCACGCGAUCUUUGUCAUCACCAUUGAGUGCAGUGAGUUGGGUCUUGAUGGAGAGAACCACAUUCGGGUUGGGAAACUCAACCUUGUUGACCUGGCUGGAAGUGAAAGACAGACCAAAACUGGUGCUCAGGGUGAACGCUUGAAAGAAGCCACCAAAAUCAACCUCUCCUUGUCAGCUUUGGGCAACGUCAUCUCAGCGCUGGUGGACGGGAGAAGCACCCACAUCCCGUACCGUGACUCUAAGCUUACGAGACUGCUGCAGGAUUCCUUGGGUGGAAAUGCCAGAACAGUUAUGGUGGCCAACAUUGGACCUGCUUCCUACAAUGUGGAGGAGACUCUGACCACGCUACGCUAUGCAAACCGCGCCAAAAACAUCAAGAACAAACCCCGCGUCAAUGAAGACCCAAAGGAUGCCCUGCUCCGGGAGUUUCAGGAGGAGAUUGCCCGCUUGAAAGAACAGUUGGAGAAAAGGUCUGGGAAGAAGAAGAGAAAAAGGAGGAGGAGGAGGGUUGGAGAAGGAGGAGAGGAGUUAGAGGAUGAAGAGGAGGAGGAGGAUGAUGAGGAGGAUGACGACGAAGAGGAAGAAAUGGGUGCGGAUAAGAACAUCGCAGAUUAUUGGCGUGAGCAACAGGAGAAGCUGGAGAAGGAGAGGAGGGCCAUCAUGGAGGACCACAGCCUGGUGGCAGAGGAGAAACAGCGGCUGCUGAAAGAGAAGGAGAGGAAGAUGGACGAUCUUCGCAAAGAGAAGGAGGCUUCAGAGAUGCUGGCGGCCAAAGUUAAGGCCAUGGAGAGCAAGCUGCUGGUGGGAGGGAAGAACAUUGUUGACCACACCAAUGAGCAGCAGAGGAUUCUGGAGCUGAAGAGACAGGAGAUAGCCGAACAGAAAAGGCGGGAAAGGGAGAUGCAGCAGGAAAUGGAGUGUCGUGAUGAAGAGACGCUGGAGUUGAAAGAGACGUACAGCUCACUGCAGCAGGAAGUUGACAUCAAGACCAAGAAACUGAAAAAGCUCUUUUCCAAGCUCCAGUCUGUGAAGGCGGAGAUUCAGGACGCCCAGGAUGAACAUGUCAAGUACAGGCAGGAGCUGGAGCAGACUCAGAACGAGCUCACCAGAGAACUCAAACUCAAACAUCUGAUCAUAGAGAACUUCAUCCCACUGGAGGAGAAGAACAAGAUUGUGACAAGAGCCACUUUUGACGAGGAAGAUGACCUCUGGAAAAUGACCCCCAUCACCCGUAUUCAAAAUGAUCAGCAGAUGAUGAAAAGACCUGUUUCUGCAGUUGGCUACAGACGGCCUCUGAGUCAGCAUGCCCGUACGGCCAUGUUGAUGCGGCCUGAUGUCAGAUACAAGGCUGAGAAUAUCUUGCUGCUGGAGUUGGAUUUGCCCACACGGACCACAAAAGACUACGAGGGACCAGUGAUAGCGCCUAAAGUGGCUGCGGCUCUGGAGGACGCUCUGAGAGAGGAGGACGAGAUCCAGGUGGACGCUUCUGGCUUCCGUGCCAGCCUGGGCCCCAGUCCAGGCCUCAGCGCCUCAGCUGCUGGGUUUUCCAAGAAACCAAAGUCAGGCCGCCCAAAAACUGGCAAGAAGGUGAGCACUCCAACUUCAGCUCACAGCCCUUUGUCCGGCUCAGGGUCUCCUCUUUACCCACAAUCUCGAGGGCUUGUGCCCAAGUGACACCGGCCUUCACUGCUCCAUAUGAACUAACCAGCUUUGGCAUUAACGUUCUUAAAUGCCAGGCAUGGGAUGGUUUUCAGCAAAAUCGGUGGAACGUCUCAUCGAGCUCCUCCUGGUGUGGCAUUUAAACUGCCAAUCAGCCCUUAAUGCUUGAGCUUUCAUAUUACCUUGUAUUUAGAUGUCCCUUUGACAUCGUGUUUACAGCACAAAAAAAAGUUACAUUUGGCAACCUUCAAAGUCUUACAGCUCACCACAAGAUGAAGUUCCACAGAUUUAGUUUGCACUUAAACAAAAUGUUACAUGUUUUGUGUGUGUGAGGUCAUCGAGACAGCAGAUGGUCUCGGCAUUGUGACCAUGCGUGUUAGAUUUGUCAUUGUGGGGAUGUUUUUGUGUGCGUGUCUUUCUAAUUUUCCCAAUUGUAGGAAUAACACAUUUCUCAGAGAUGAUAUUUCUGCUGGUUUGGGCCACAGAAGCUCUGUAUUGAGAGACAUUUCAUGAUUGGCUGAGACCCAGAACAACCUCUAAGGCUUUCUCGAAGACUCUUCGAGUCUCUUUGGCUGGGGUAAGGGCCGGGCUUUCGUCGCAGUCAGCGCUGUAUCCAGUAAGGACAGGAGUGGGGGGUUUGAAGGUCAUCACACACUAAGAUUAUCAGGGUUCCAAGGUGCCUUAGAUUCUCAUUGAGUACAGAAGGAGGUCUCCUGGUGGUCUGAGAGUCCCUUGACCUGAUAGCUGGAUAGUAGAACCUGGAAUCCACACAAAAACCCCAGUGGAUGUUUCCUGAAUGCUUUGAAUUACACUUUAAGUCUGUUGUGUUGGGCAGGCUUGUAUUUAAUCGUUAAAUGUUACACAAGGAGAUCUGUAAACACGAGUUUGACAUGAGUAAGUCUUAUUUCUGUCUGUUGAACUGUCAAACCUUGACUACCCCUCCUUAAACUAGUGAAGAUGAUACCAUUGCCUGCUGCUACUGUAGGGUUCUUUUACCCGUUGUGUCAUAGCAUAUGGUUUAUGUAUAUUGAGACAUGUUAGUAAAUAAAUCUGCAUUAUCAUUGCAGUUGUAUUAAAAUAAAAAUAAAAAAAUAAUAGUAAAUGCAGUCUUGGAGUAACAUUUAAAAGGCUAACUUAUUACCAUACUAGCUGGUUUUAUAUUCAAGCAAUUGUAGAUAGUUUUUAACGGUCUUAUGUUCUUUGCUUAGAUUUAUAUGGUUUAUUUUUGAAUAUGUAUUAUUUAAAGUUCUGUACAAAUUUAUUUUUGCAUAUGAGAUUUAAGUAUAAUUUUCAUGUGAUUAACUAAGUUCUUCUGUGUUAAGCAAAUUACAUCAUAAAAUAGUAAACAUACAGUUUCUGGAUUAUCAGAAUAUGUACUGCAAAUCCCUGAUGCUGGUAUUCCCACUGAAAUGUGUGAAUUUCUUCAUGUAAUAAUAUUACUGUCUGCUCCAUCCUGGCUGUAUUAUUGCAUAAGUCUAUAUUAUUUUUAAGGUUUUAGCAUGACAUAAAAACAUCUAAAGCAUUAUAGACUAAUUGAAACUAUAUGUCUGCAUUCUAAUACUCCACUUUCACCUUCUUCCACGUGAUGCAUGAGUUCAGUUCUGAUAUACAACCACACAGAAAAUAUUUUUAAUGUUCACACAGGUUUUUUUUGUUAAAAUGUUUUUGAAUUUGUAUUUGAGUUUGUUGAUGUCCUAAAUGUCUUACAACUUAAUCUUUUAAUUAAAGGAUGAUUAUUAUG